AAUCCCACUAACAGUUGAGCGUGUGGAAUAUUUAGUAGCCAGGAAAAUGUCACGGAUGGACUUAUUGCCCAGGUGGCCACCUAUCACGGGACCACGCUUGGAGUCACUGAGCUCCUGAGAGCGACCCAUUCUUUCACCAAUGUUUGUAGAAGCCGUCCUGCAUGCCUAGGGGCUUGAUUGUAAUACACCUGUGUCCAUGGGGGGGAUUGGAACACCUGAAUCACAUGAUUUGGCGGGCGGGCCCAAUACUUUUGACAAGUGUAUCAAUAAUUGUACUGAUGAGACUUUUCAUAUGAAGAUUCCUGAAUCACAUGAUUGGGAGGGGAUUGGAACACCUAAAUCACAUGACUGGGAGGGGAUUGGAACACCUGAAUCACAUGAUUGGAGGGGAUUGGAACACCUGAAUCACAUGAUUUGGAGGGGAUUGGAACACCUGAAUUACAUGAUUGGAGGGGAU